CUUUCCGAUAUCUUUUAAAAUUCCUGGGACAACUUGCAAAAAUAUUUUACGAUCGACUUAAAACAGGUGUGCUGUGAACAUUUAAUACAAACAUGAAAUAUAUAUUGUGCAUCAGCAUUCUUUCAACGGUUUUACUUCAAGCUAUUGUGAAAAUAACAGGUUUUAGUGAUUUGUGUUAUUCUGGGUACCACCACUGCAGUGGAACGUCAUGGUGCUGUCCUGAUGGAUACGUCUGUACUGGGACUACAACAUGUCUCAGUACUGGACUCAUUGUUGGAAUUGUGAUUGGUUGCCUGGUUGGUGUAGCAAUCUUUAUUGGUGUGAUUUGUGCCUGUGUCAGACGUCGUAACAACGCCGGAACAGUUUUACAAACACAAGGUGGCGCACAUGUAGUUACAGCACAAUCUGGUCAAACAUAUCCGCAAUCUGGACAAACAUAUCCACAAUCUGGACAAAAUUAUCCGCAAUCUGGACAAACAUAUCCACAAUCUGGACAAACAUAUCCACAAUCUGGAUACCCGGGAGCACCGUAUCCACAACAACCAAGUUACCCUCAGGCAUACCCAGCUCCAAAAUACUGAAUUUCAGCCUGACAAAAUAUUAACAUUCUUUAAAACUUUUUAUGUAACAAAGUUUGCUGCUGUUUAACAUAAUACUAUUCAAACUCAUCACAUGAAUUUUAAAUACUGUAUCUAUGACCCCUUUCACACUUGGACAUUUAUAUCGAUUUCAACUAGAUCAGUUCACUUUAGAUCGAUGUAAGCCCAAUGUGAACGCUUUGAAUCGAUCUUGAAUCGGUCUAAAUUAAAACACCAAAAGAGGUAGUUUAGUUUGAAUCGAUCUUAAGUGAACCGAUGUUACUUUAAAUGUGAACGCAGAGAUCGAUCUAAACUAGUACGAUUGAAUCGAAAAUAAUUUUUGGCGGCAAAAUUACACGCGCAAUUUAUUACACAAUUGGUGACCAACAUAAAAUGGUUAAAAAUGAACGAAAACUACACGAACAGCAGUAUCAACAUUUGAACUUGAAAUUCAAGUGAAACAAUAACUUCUUCCAUUAUUUUUUUGAAAGCGUGUGUAUCAACACAUUAAUUUGAUAAGAUAUUUCUAUUUAUACACAGUGUUUACAAUUUCACGGAUUAUAAGGUCAGAUCGAUUGCAUUUUUACAUUUAGUGUGAACGCCGUGGUUCAGAUUAGACCGAUAGACCGAUUAGGAUUCAAGAUAAUGUGACCGCUAACUAGUUUUAUAUAGAUCGAUUUAUAAAAAAGCUAGUGUGGGGUCGUUGGUUGUAAGUUCAAAUGCAACAAUCGGAACCUCUGACUUGUUACCCACGAUUUUCAUGCACUCGAUGCAAGCAAGUAAACAGUAGAAUAAUUUUGUAUGAACGAGUCUUUCUAUUUAGCGAAUCGAGUUGCGAGUAACAUUUUAUUAUCUUUUCUUAUCAUGAUCAUUUUGAAAAGAAUAUUCUUGUUUUCUUAAUGACUGGAGCCGUAACGUUUUAAUUAAUUUUCAAUAUGGUAAGGGUCUUGGUGUAUUAGAGGUUUUUCAUUAUGAUAGGGGUCUUGGUGUAUUAGGGGUUUUCAUUAUGAUAGGGGUCUUGGUGUAUUAGGGGUUUUCCAUUAUGAUAAGGGUUUUGGCGUUAGGGGUUUUUCAUUAUGCCAGUGGUGGUGACGUUUAGGGCUUAAAACAUGCAACUUUAUUUUCAAUGAUGGGGAAAUCGAUGAAAUAUGAUCAAAGCCAUAUUGUACUGAAUACAAAUUGAAAUACUCACCUGGUGCAGUAAAAUUAGCACAGUUUAAUAUUAUUACAUAGAAGAUUUUAAUUCGCUCGUAAACGAAGAACAUCUGAAUUAUGGUAAACCAAUAUCCGUGCCCACACAUCUCAUGAUAUCAUAACUCAAUAUGAAUAAAGUAGAUGUGGAGAAUACGGUUAAGAGACAGCAAGUUCGAAAAACUAAAACGAAAAGACAUGACAUUUGUCUUGAUAGAUCUUUGUGUAUAACAUUUGGAUGUGUGAAGUCAAGCUCAUAACAUUUGUUGCCCAAGGGUUUUAAUCGUUUAAAUUCGACAUUUUGCAUCAUGUCCCAUGAUAACUCAAUAUGUUCUCUCUAAAUUGGCUCACAAGUUUGCUUCAAAUAAAGAAAUACUUGGCAUGAAUAACAUUUUAGUAGUCCAGUAAUAAACUUCACAUAAGGUUUCAUUGCAUGAAAGAAAGUAAAUUUCCGUGGGAGUAAUCAAGGCAAUUUCUCAACUGUUUUCCUUUCGUAUUUACAAGCAUUAGUUACUAGGUCACCACAAGUUUUCAAGAAUGGUACAAAGAUGCCCAUUACAGAAUUUUUUUUAAAUAAAGGACUUUAAAUCGUUGAUCAUUAUUUGUUCACCGUGGUUUAAUUUUAAAUUUUUGUCCUUUUAUUUGAAUAAAUACUUUUUUAAUGUUGGUUUUUUCACAAUGAUCACUCACAGUUUUUAUUGAGAGGCAUUCUUAACGACAAAAAAGUAAUGCUAAUCUCAAGUGAAAGUUUUUUUUUCACAAUUCCUUUUUGAAGGUUUGAAUAAAUUAUGAAUCAUUUGUUCAAUAGUCAAAACUAUGUCUUUGAAAUUGACAUUUAUUUCUAAUUCGGACUGCAUUUUUGUCAAACUAUUUUUCAUUUAUCAGCUGAACCCUAUUAAGAAUAUCUUAAAAUCAGUAAUUCUGGAGACAAAAAUGCCAUUAAACUGUGUGUAUACCUCUCUCUAUAUGAAUACAUUUUUCUUAUUAAAAACUAAUUUUUAUUGAUUCAAUUUUCAUAUGUAACAAAUCAAAAUCUAACAUAUUAUUAUGUAUAUUUCUAAUUAAAAAUAUAUUAUCAAUAA